ACCACACCACACCAAACAAACAAAAACUCUCUCACCUUCUUCUUCUUUCUUCUUAAACAUUUUUUCUUUUAAUUGAGAAUAUAUAGAAUCGAAGUUAAAUGGCAUCAGCUAUUUUUUCAUGUUCAUCCCUUUACACCACUAGUUACAACAAAACAUCAUCAUCGUCAACAUCAUUAAUGUUUGGUCAUGGUCGUCGUCGUUUAUCACAUUCUCCAAACAAUGCUCUUCGGUUCACCACGCCACCUGUUUGCUCUUCUUCUAAUAAUAAUAAUAAUAAACAUCAUCAUUUUUCAUCACACAAUCCACAACAACAGAAAGAUAGGUUUUCUGGGAUAAAAGAAUGGGUGAUAUCUGUUGCUUUGGCGGCUGCCUUAACAACUGGGGCACCAACAAUGGGAUUCCCUAGUAAUGCCAAUGCAGUUGCUCCUGCAUUGCCAGAUUUGGCAGUGCUGAUAUCCGGACCUCCGAUUAAGGACCCAGGAGCGUUAUUGAGAUAUGCUUUGCCUAUUGAUAAUAAAGCUAUCAGGGAAGUGCAGAAGCCUCUUGAAGACAUUACGGAGAGUCUCAAGAAUUCUGGAACAAAAGCUCUUGAUUCAGUCGAAAGGAAUUUGAAACAAGCUUCAAGAGCUCUUAAGCAGGGGAAGAGCAUGAUCAUAGCAGGAGUAGCUGAAUCAAAGAAAGACCAUGCGAUCGAAUUGCUUGGUAAGCUAGAAUUUGGAAUGGAAGAGCUUCAGAAAAUCGCAGAGGAUAAAAAACGAGAGGCUGUAGCACCUAAACAAAAGGAGCUUUUGCAGUACGUUGGAGGUGUUGAAGAGGAUAUGGUUGAUGCAUUCCCAUAUGACAUUCCAGAAGAGUAUCAAAAAAUGCCUCUUUUGAAGGGGAGAGCGACUGUGGAUAUGAAAGUCAAAGUCAAAGACAAUCCUAACCUUGAGGAAUGUGUAUUCAGAAUUGUUCUUGACGGUUACAAUGCCCCAGUAACUGCCGGAAAUUUUAUAGAUUUGGUGGAAAGGCAUUUCUAUGAUGGCAUGGAAAUCCAAAGAGCCGAUGGCUUUGUUGUUCAAACUGGAGAUCCUGAAGGGCCUGCUGAGGGUUUUAUUGACCCAAGUACAGAGAAAACGCGUACGAUACCUUUGGAAAUCAUGGUGGAAGGUGAAAAAGCACCUGUGUAUGGAGUAACCUUGGAAGACAUUGGUCUGUACAAGGCUCAAACUAAGCUCCCUUUUAAUGCAUUUGGAACCAUGGCCAUGGCAAGAGAGGAAUUUGAAAACAACUCAGGCUCAAGCCAGGUAUUUUGGCUCUUGAAAGAGAGUGAAUUAACUCCAAGCAAUGCCAACAUUUUGGAUGGACGCUAUGCAGUCUUUGGAUAUGUGACCCAAAAUGAGGACUUUUUGGCCGAUUUGAAGGUUGGUGAUGUUAUAGACUCGAUCCAAGUAGUUGAUGGGCUGGAUAAUCUUGUUAAUCCAAGCUACAAGAUUGCAGGCUAAUUCAUCAGUUUUCAUUUCUUCCCGAGAAUUGGUUCGACAACUAUGAGUGUAAUGGAUUAUAUUAUGAGGGUAUGAGGAAAUAUUGUAAGGCAUUACAUCACAGUAGUAAUAUUUAUGCUGUUUUUUAAAGUUAUGUAUCGCAGCAUCCCUGUACAAUGAUUGUUGAGAUAUUUAACAUAUUUUUUGUAUUA